AUGGACGUCGUCUUAUCCCGCCUUGGCACUCAGCUGCUCACGCCCAAUACAGACGAGCUGCUGUUUCGGGAACCUCCCACCUUUCUAAGUCGCCUCGGCAUCGAUACCUCUGAGACUGAAUGGAUAGGUCGCGUCUCUGAGUUUGCUCGGUCUGGUAUUCUUCAGGGUGCGAUUCUCGCCACUUCGGCGGCUUGGCUGACUUUUCGUCUUAUCCGGCAUCGCAAGAACUCCGUGCCAACCACCAGGUCCAAGGCAUCAUCGAUUAAAUGGCCCUACGAAAUUGUGUCACAAGCCGCCCGCAUCGCUUCGCUGGUCUUUUUGACAGUGGCCCUGAUCAAGGGGAGAGUGCAUCUGCUCAACGUUGUUGCCAUUGCCUACGCUUUUGUCCUCGGCUUGAUACGACCCAUUAGCCAUGAUCUCGCCUGGCGUCAUCUCGUUCUUCAUCAAAUCAACUAUGUCCUGACUGCCACGUUGUUCGUUCUAGCAGCCGCACAGCUGCUGCCUUGUAUUGAGAUUGGCACGGAUCAAUGUGUUGGGGAUGUUGGCAUCGUUGGCUGCCUGUCGUCGUUGGGUGCGGCCGUUAUUGUCGCAUUGAUUACUCCACGAGAAUGGAUCCCGCCUACCAUCAAGCAUGAUAUUCCGGGCUACACGGAUCAAAAUGAUCCUGCUCCUGAAGAGACAUGCAGCUGGUUCAACUAUUACUUCACCUAUGAGUGGCUGACACCUCUCGUAUGGAAGGGCACCAGGCAAAAGCUUGACAUGUCUGGUAUCCCAACGUUAGCCUGGUAUGAUGAGCCCAUGUAUUUACUCCAGAAGAUCAAGAAGGCCCGAGCACUCUACAAGAAAACUCUAUGGACAGCCUUGAAAUUUCAGCGUAAGGAGUUGAUACUGAUGGCCACGUGGGCUGCUGCCGCUUUUACAAUGGAGAACGUCUCCCCGUAUGGCAUGUAUCGUCUACUCGACUAUCUCGCUAACCCCAGUGGUGCCCAAUACCACCCGGUUGUAUGGCUUAUUCUCAUGUUUGUCGGCCCCUUGUCUCGAUCCGUCUUGUUUCAGCAAUAUGUCUUCAACUCAACCAGAUUGAUCGUUCGAGUCAAAUCUGCCAUGACUCAGGAGCUAUAUCACAGGGCUUUGGAGUCAAUGGAGUUGGAGGAAGACCCCUUCGAUAUCAAGGCAGGAGGAAAGACCGAUAAGGAGAAAGAGGCGCAGGGAGCCCAAAAAUCGACGUCUGCUGGACGUUUGGCAAAUUUGAUGGCCGCUGACGUGGAUGCUGUCUAUCGAGCACGAGAUGUAAUAUUGGUUUCUGCGGGUGUCCCUGCAGGUACCAUCAUAUCUCUCUACGGCCUUUACAAAAUGAUGGGCUGGGUAUCUCUGGUGGGAACGGCGAUUUUGCUUUUGGCUACUCCGAUAUCCGUGUACAUGGGCCGGCAGAUGUAUGGCGCACAGAGACGAGUGAGGAAGGCACAAGAUACACGCAUUUCUCUUGUUGCGGAGUAUCUAGCUUCCAUUCGCGCCAUCAAGUACUUUGCCUGGGAGGAUCCCAUCACAAAUCGAAUCAUCGAGUCAAGGGCGGCCGAACAAAAGGAAUUGUGGCGAGUGGCUGUUCUGCAAACCAUGGUCAACCAAGUUACCCAGUGUUUUCCGUACAUCGGCCUCCUCGUCAUGUUCGGAUUGCACGUCGGGGUAGAAAAGCAUCCCCUUGACGCUUCUACUGCCUUUACUGCCGCAUUCCUCGUGAAGAACAUCCGUAGAAACAUCAUGAUGGCCAGUGCGUUCUCAAGGAACUUUGCUGCUGCAAGCGUCGCCUUCAACCGGCUCGACAAGUAUUUCGAUAGUACUGUGCCCCUCCUUCGAUAUCCCGUUGGACCCCUGAGAAUCGAAGGCGCUUCGUUCCGUCGAAACAAGAAGGCUACAUUCCGCCUCGAGGACAUCUCGCUAGACUUUGUUGAAGGUGGUCUCAACGUCGUUACUGGUCAAAGUGGAAGCGGGAAGAGUACCCUCCUGCUCGCGAUCCUAGGUGAAACGCAUCUAGAGGGUGGCAAGGUCACCGCGCCCAACGACAUUGCCUUUGCUUCGCAGUCGGCUUGGCUCCAGAAUGAUACCGUUCAAGCCAAUAUCCUCUUCCAAAGCCCCAUGGACCGCGCCCGAUAUGACAGAGUAAUUGAAGCCUGCUGUCUCAACAUAGACCUCAGGGAGCUCUCUGACGGUGACCAGACUGUCGUAGGUGAGAAUGGUACAUCCUUAUCUGGAGGACAGAAAGCUAGAGUGGCCUUGGCUAGAGCCCUUUAUUCCAAGGCAUCUCUAUUGCUUCUAGAUGAUAUUUUCUCCGCUCUCGACGCCAAAACCUCUGCUGGCGUCUGGAAACAUUGUUUCUGUGGCGAUCUACUCAAGGGCAGGACUGUUGUUCUCGUCACUCAGGUUCCUUGGAUCUCAGCACAGGCAGACUUUUCCGUCCUCCUCGAGAGAGGUCAAGUCAAGAAUGCCGAGGCCAACAUUGGUGCAGUUCGCAGGCCCAUCCAGAUUGCCGAAAUCCUUGGAGGAGAUGAUGAUGAUAUUGAAACCGAAACCGAAACCGGCACAGAAACUCCUCCAGAGCCUGAGCUUCAAUCUAGUGGAGAUGCCCUGAAUGAUCCGUCAAAGGUGGCCACUGAAACCUCGGCCAAAGACAUUGUGAACCAGGAAAUGAAAGCAUCAGGCAAGGUCGGUCGAUUGGCCUCCUUGGAGUAUAUGAGAUACUUUGGACACCCGCUUUUCGCCGUCUUUUGCUUGGUUGGCCUCGCCGGCUCCAACGUCUUCUUCUUCGCAUCCAGUUAUUGGAUGGGCAUCUGGGUAGAGGCCUACAAUAACAACGCUCACGUGGACAUCGCCUAUUACAUGGGUAUUUAUGCCGCCUUCACCUUUGCCGAGCUAAUCUCCUUUGGUUUGGUCAUUAUCGCUUUCGAAUGGGGUGCAUGGCGUGCUGGUCGCAAGCUUCACAAUGACUUCAUCCGUGCGAUCAUGAGAGUCCCCUUGUCAUGGUUCAAGACGAUCCCCAUCGGUCGCAUCACUAACCGGUUCUCCGGCGACAUGGCAUCAAUUGAUUCGGGACUUAGCUCCAUGCUCCGGGUGACUUUUGAUUCCAUCAUGAUGCUGUUUGCCCGUAUUGCCGCCGUCAGUUCAAUCAUGCCGAUUUUCAUGAUACCCGCCUUCUUCACCUGCAUUUUUGGCGUUGUGGUUGGCGAGAUGUACACACGAACAGCGGUCAUCAUCAAGCGACUUGCUUCGUCCGCACAGUCGCCCGUCUUCUCCCAGUUCGCCGAUACAUUGGCCGGGCUGCCCAUCAUCAGGGCUAGGGCGGGUAUGGGUGAAACUUUUGGUCGCGAUCUGGCAUCCAAGCUGCGCGUUUGGUCGGCCGCAGCAGAGGCUAACUAUAACUGCAACCGUUGGGUGGCCAUGCGAGUGGACUUUGUGACUUCCCUAGUCGCUCUUUUUGCUGGCAUUAUCGCUCUUUCAAAAGUUGGAGUGGUUGGCGCUGGUUUGGUCGGUUUCUCCCUUAACAAUGCCAACGGGCUGAGCCAGACUAUUCUCAUGCUCGUACGAGCCAUGAACGACCUUGAGGUAGAGAUGCAGAGCUUCCAUCGUGUCAAAGAAUAUGUCAAGCUGGAGCCCGAAGGUAAAGACGAUAAAACAUAUGCCGAAGAAGGGGAAUUUGCAGACGAUGAAAGCCACGUCAUUCCCAAGAAUUGGCCCAAGUCAGGAGAAAUCGAGUUUCGCAACGUCACCAUUAGAUACGAUCCUGAUGGCCCCAACAUCCUCACGGACGUCAAUCUCAAGUUUAAAGCUGGAGAGCGAGUUGCUGUCGUCGGACGAACCGGCUCCGGCAAGAGUACUCUUGUUCUUUCUCUCUUGCGGUUUACGCAUAUUGUCUCUGGUCAAAUCUUGUACGAUGGAAUCGACAUUACCAAAAUCCCCCGGCGCAGGUUGCGUGAAGGCCUCACAAUCAUCCCUCAGGAAGCGACACUGUUCAACGGAACGGUGGAAUCUAACCUUGAUCCUACCGGUCUCGUUCCCAAAGCGAUUCUUGAGAAGGCGUUGGAAAACUGCAAGGGCAUUGCGUCAUUUUCCAGUGACGAUUCCUCUGAUGAGACGAUUGUCGACGGUGUAGAUGACUCUGUUCACGGACAGUCUCAAGGAAUUUCUUUGACGACACCAGUGGAUGCCCGCGGAGAGAACUUUUCCCACGGCCAACGCCAGGUCUUGUCUCUCUGCCGUGCGCUUAUCCGCCAGAGCAAGCUGAUGCUGCUAGACGAGGCUACUGCCAGCAUGGACUACGAAACGGACAAGGGCAUUCAGCAAGUGUUACGCACCGAGCUCGAAUCUGCUGGCGGAGACCGCACACUCGUGACGAUUGCUCAUCGCUUGCGGACCAUUAUCGACUAUGAUUCCGUUGUCGUGAUGGGCGCCGGCAAGGUAGUAGAAUAUGGUUCUCCCCGAGACUUGUACAAUUCCAAAGGCUUGUUUUACGACAUGAUAUACCACAGUGGAGAGAUGGAGGAGCUACAGGAGUUUUUGAAGGAUAAAUAA